AUGCAUUGUGGUCAUGGCACUGCGCCUCCUCCACCGCCUCCACGUGCUGAAUUUCAUCAGGCUGCGCAUCCCGGUUUUCCUUUGCAGCAGAUGAAUCAGAUGAGUGGUGGGUACUUUCUUCCUCAGCACAUGAUGGUCCCUCCUGGGGUUUGGGCACCUAGCCAUGGAAUGCCAGCUACGCACCGUUCACAUGAGCGGUCGCGGUCACCCAGAGGAUCGCAUGAUGAGGUGGCUUCCUUGCUUUCUCGGCUUCCCCCUGCUGAGUUCAAGAAGGUGUUCAAUGAUUUGCCGGCAUCUCUUCGAAGCGUAGCCUUUGAUGCUCCUGAUGGCAUCAUCACGGACGUUAAGUCCAUCUCUGACAAAGAGUCUCGCAUGGAAAUGUGUCGAAAAAUCAACAAUCUUCGUCGAGAGAGAAUCCAAGCUCUCGCGACACCCCAGGCAGCCCCUUUUUAUGCCGAGGAUGGCAUGAAGAUUGUACCUAUGAGCCGAUUGACUGAGCGGCAUUUCUGGGAUGUCUUCCAUAGGAUCCCGUUGAAUACCACGGAUCCAGUCAAAUGGAAGAGCAUUCUCAAAUAUUUGGAUGCAUGCCCUGAAAAACCACGUUCAUCACCCAACGCUCGUGAUAUUGAGUGGGCAACCCCAGAUCUGCCCUUUGAGGCUGCUCCAGGUGCUGCUUCGCCUCCCCGAGGUUCCCUGGAUGCAUUGAGGGCGCACCGCAUUGCUGGGCGUAAGACCCCGGCCGCCAAGGCCUUGUUGGCCCUGUCGCCCUUGGAAGCCAUGAGUGAUCUAUACCAGACAGUCUUCCGCAUUUGUUUGCGAAAGCUGGAGCGAAUCAUGCCGAAGCUCGGCGCAAAAACAAAAGAGAACACAUGCCUCAACAAGCUCUUGGAUGCUUUGAAUGUCAGCCCUGACGAGAAAGUUCCGAUCCUUCUGGACCAAUUUCUGCUGAUUAGCCUGGUUGUUCGGCACAACUGCUGUCAAGGGACACAAUUGCUUGCCGCCCUGAGUUUUUUGAUGAUGUUGCCGGUGCAUCUCGCUCCCGUGGAUACUGGCGAGCGGCUUUUGGCUGAAGCCGCCCUUUGCCAUAGUCUGGGCACUUUGAAUCCGCCGACGGUGUAUAGUUUGCUUCCAAAAACAAAGAAGCGGCAAGUGCAGGGUCUUCGUAUCUUUGAUUCUUUUCGCUCUUUGUGUAGGCUCCGCCCUUCUCAACCUGCUGCAGGGGAAAUGUCUUUAUCCUCUUCUGUGGGUCUUAUUCGGAAAGAGUGGCGUGAUGGUCUUCAAAAAAUUGCUGCCGCGCUGGCUGGGCGGCGUUUUGAAAAGUCAAACGCUGCCGCUCUCGCGGCAUGGAAUUUGAGUCCCGGUGCCUGGGCUUAUGUGGCUCGCCGAGUUGACCAAUUUGAAACAGGUUGGCGGCGAAAGCGGGGCCUUCAUCUUUUAGGUAUCAUCUCCAAGAAACGGAGAGACCUUUGCCCUUUUGUGUCAUCUGUUGCGGUGUCUGUCCCCUGGAUGGGCUCCACAUCGGCACUGCGCAUUUUGCGCGGUGAAAUUCGUGAAUUACUUUCCGCAUGGAGACGGAAGGGGCACUGGGUUCCCAUAGCAAGGCAUGCAAAGUGCUUUGUUUCGUGGACUGCUCCCCCUACUUUGGCAGAUUGUUUGACAAGCACGUCAGUUUUGCGCCAAGCUCUCGAAGAGGGUGUUUCCCCACAGUGUAUCUGUGAGGCUGUGCGCUUGCAAAAUCCUGGCUGGCCUGUCGUUACUUUUGACGGCUGUGAGCACAUCGCCGCCCCCCAGGGUAUGGUGCCUUGGCCUGAACAGUUACGGCAUCUCGCUCGGUGGCCAGCAAGCAUCGGCCUCCCGCCUCGUUUUGAGGAUGUGGUUUCUGCAGUUCGGACGUCUUUUCGGAGGCUUCGUAAUCGAUGCCGUAUUCCGAUUUCGGACUCCUGUACAGUGGAAGCAGUGCAGCGCUGCUGUUCCUCCUUGUGGUCCUUGCCUGUCCAAGACAGUCGAGUCCCAAUAACUUGGUCUCACGUUGGUGAAGCAAGGGAGUGGCUCCAAGCGCAGGGUGUUUUCGUCUCUGUGUUUGACCACAACCCCUCUUCAUUGGGAGUUUUUUGUCCCAAGUUGGUUUUUGAGCAUGCUUGUCAGUUAUUGGAUUUCUUGCAUCAUCAAAAACCUGAUGCGAAUUUUGCUUGGUCGGUCUCGGAUAUUGGUCGUCAGCGGGAUGUGCUGAGUGGCAUGGCUAACAUGUCAGACCUUCCUUCACAUUUGAUUCCCGGUUUGCACACUGUCGAUUAUCAGUUUGAUGUUGGUUGUACAGCUGCCGCUGAUAUGAAGGAUUGUUUCCGGCAUCUUCCUUGUGAGCGUUUUGCCGACAUGUGGGAUGGUCUGGCUGCUUACUGGAAAGGGCUAUGGAAAUGGCACCGUGAAUUCCACUGUGGUGUGGCUGCGGUUUGGGCGUUGUCCUGGGUGCCGAAGGGUGAGUUGCUGCCCACCCCCACUCUUUUUUCUGAUGUGGAAUGUGUUGUUGGUCGCUUUGAAAACUCCCUGGUGAUGAUUCAACCUUGA